GCCACGAAUUAAAAUUUAUUGUUUAUAAGUGUCGAUACUUUUUGACGCGGAUCUUAUCCUCCUCAAAGAAAAACGCGCUUUUAGUCGACACAUCAGCCUGCUGCAGGGCAAAAAUGAUCAGCUGACGCAUACUCGCCCCUUCCGUGAACUAGGCGAUGAUUCCUUUCAGGAUGCAUUGGUGUCCUUCAUUUUAGAGCACCCUGCAUCCAUCCGAUCCUCAAGACCACGACACCGUUCGAGACAACAACCAGGACCAAAGCCAGUGCCACAAUCGAGUACUAAGCCCAGGAGCCAAGACUGGGAUCAGGAACCAGGACUAUGAACCACAGUUCAAUCAUCAAUUGUUAUCAUGGCAGCCGUACCAGCGCUUGUGGUCCUCAGAGCCCAUAAACCCUGUCCAACAGGCGACAUGAUCGCCGCCGCAGCUGCCCUACCACCACGAACUACCCCCUCAGACAUCACCCCGCUCUUUAUACCUCCCCUAUCCGCCGCCAUUGUUGGUACGGGCGCAGCAGGAUCCUUCUCCUCUCCAAUCUCACCAGGUAUCUCCAGAACAGCCUCCACGGCUCACAUACUCACCGGCGUUGCUUCCUCCAGCACCACCACCAAUACAGCAACCCCAUCAACGACAGCGGGAGCAGCAGCAACAAAAUCGGCCUCCUUGUCCUCACCGCCAUCAUCGUCAUCAUCAACAGCAACAAGCACUAUCCAAACACGAACCCUUCACCCACAAGUCCAUUACAUCUUUGAAAACGAUCCCCUCGAAACCGAGAUCCUUGAAUCCAUCCCCAAAUCUCGCUGUAUCACCCUCGACCUCGACCCCCGCUCCGGUUCCAUCAAGAAUGUAGAGUCUUUCCUUAUGGAUCUCCAAGUCAUGGAUGUGAAACUCGUCCCUUUCCAAGCUGCCCUUGCGACAACAACAAUAUCAACAACAACAAUAGCGACGACGUCUACAACCACAGCUUCAUCAUCUUCGUCAUCUCUCAACUCACCGAACACAACCCUCACCACCAACAACAACAACAACAACAACAACGCAUUAAUCCAACAACUCACAAAGAACGAUGGACAGAGCAAUCCUACCCCAUUAGGAAGACCAGGGCACCAUAGGACGGAUUCCUCCGGAGCUUCCUCUCUUCAAUCUUCCUCCAUCGUCACCAACCCGAUAAGCACUCCAGGGACAGGACCAGGAACGGUGCUGGGAGCAAAGGAUUGGACCCUAGUGAUAGAAGCUGUAGAGGUGGAUGAGAGAGACCAGGACAGUGAUUCGGAGCUACUGGACCAAUCGACGGUCUCAAGUCUGGACACGGACAUCAUGCCAGACGAUUAUCUCUCCCAUUGCGAUGCGCUCCUAAAGUCCUUUAGUGCUCGAAACUUCUUGAUUCAUAAAGUCAUUGAUUAUGCCGCCACCACCAGCUCCUCCGUUACUGCCAGUCCACACUAAAAAAUCACAGAGCGUCCCAGGCACAGGUACUAUAAAUAAACGGACACUGUUAUUCUAAA